AUGAGCUUUUCACAGGUUAUUGCAGCUGUUUACAACAGGGUUGUGCAGCUGCUGUCCACCGCUCCGAAGGGUGCUCUGUCCGUGACUGGUAUCCUAGGCCUUGCAUUGCUGGUGUACGGGUAUCUUCAACUUCGAGGAAACGACAACCGUGCUGAGGACCAACGAAGGGAGCAGCAUCGUGCGCGCGUCAGGGCGACUGCUGGUCCAGAUGCAGCAGUCGAUGCCCCACGGCCAGCGGCGACACCUCCAGCUCCAGUCACACAGGCGCCAUCCGCUUGCGCUUCCGCAACUCCCUUGGGUAGGGCGGUUGCAGCCCAGCUUAGUGGCGUCAAACGCGUGACGCUGAGCCUGCCGGGCGUGGUUUUCCUGGAGAGGACCCCUGCGCAGCUCCAAGAGUCGGCGACUGUCUGCCCAAAGGCGCUGGAAGUGCUGCAGGAGAUCAGCCGCGUGUCGGACGUUUACCUCAUCGCGCACGUGGAGGACGAUGUGGGCGAAGCAGUUGUCACCGGCGCACUGGAGGCUGCCGGCGUCCUCGGAAACGGGCCGGGGCAGGUCAAGCAGCACCACGUCCUUUGCUGCUCUUCCCUAGAUGGCAAGGUGCCCAUAGCGCGGCAACUAGAGCCAGAGCUGCACGUGGAUGGUCACCCCGCGUCAGUCGACGAGCUAAAGCGAUUUUUGCCUCGCCUUCUGCUAGUUCGCGAGGGUGCACCGGGUGGAGCUGGAUCCAGCCAGGUUAAUGUGAGUGUGGCAGCGUCUUUGACCGAGUACUUCGGAAUGUAGAGCAGAUGCGCAGAAGAGGUCGCAGCGGGGAGGAUCGGAAAACUGAUCUGUGAAACUGGAACUGGUCCAGCUUUAAGAUUCUACUUCCGUGCGCCAGCACAAGCCCAGGCAUGCAGGUCGUGGGCCACCAGUCGAGCGGUAUUUCUUGGUGUACGGUGUACGGGAGGUUGAUUCAGGACCCCCCCGGCCCGUAGGCCCCGGAACAUGUGUGGCAAUGCCACAUUUAAUUGUUGGCCGAGCCCACAUGGUGGCUGGCUGGCUGGCUGGCUAUCCUAAUGGAGGGCAACACUCGCGGUCUCAAUAAUAACCCUAUAUGAGUACAUCACAUGUAAAACUGCUACUUCC